AUGGCUAGUGCCUUAACCGCUUUGUGGCGGAUGAUAUGGCGGGCUGCUCCCACUGCACCGGAUGGCAAGACCGACCUCCAUGAGGCGGGUGGUGCCUCAGAUGAGAAGACGUCGGUCUUCCAUGACCUUCUACAUCUGGGAGGAAAGAACACAAAGACCAUGAUUCAGGCUUUCAAUACCCUCGCAUCCGGAGAACCACUGGAUGACAAGAAGUGGUUGCUCGAGCAUGGUGUCUCAAUGCUGCAGUCCUUGCCAUUAGACAGUGGACUAAGCGCCAAGGUCUCUGGUGGAUUCAUCAAGAUGCUAUGGCACGACCUACCUCAUCCCCCAGCAGCUCUCGCUGGGCCAGAAAAUCGGUACAGAAGGCACGACGGAGGGGGAAACAAUCACUGGGACCCCGAGAUGGGCAAGGCUGGCUCUCCGUAUUGUCGAAGUGUUCCUCCUGGGAGACCAAAAGGCCCCAAUUUACCCGAUCCAGAGCUGGUGUUUGAGAAACUCCUCAAACGGACUGGUCCGUUUCGGCCACACCCUUCCGGCUUGAACAGGCUCUUCUUUUCCUUCGCCACUAUUGUCAUUCACGAGUGCUUCCAAACUUCGCGCUCACAACAAUGGAUCAAUGAGACUUCCAGCUAUGUCGACCUCAGCACACUAUACGGCAACACAGGCAAGGAGCAAAAGCGAGUUCGAACCUACCAGAAUGGCAUGAUCUAUCCGGAUUCAAUUGCUUCGGAACGAAUCAUGCUGAUGCCGCCUGGAGUCAUUGCGGUUCUAUUAAUGUUCUCUAGAAACCACAACGAAAUUGCUUACUCUCUUUGGUCCGUCAAUGAAGACAACAAGUACGGUGAUUGGGAUGAAUUGACUGAGGAGCAGAAGAAGUGGCAAGAUGAAGACAUCUUCCAGCUCGCCAGAAACAUUAACGUAGGAUUAUUUGCCUCGGUGGUCCUUAAAGACUAUGUUGCUGCGAUCCUCAACACACCGCGCGCCAAUUCAGAGUGGUCUCUCGAUCUAGGAGGUGAGAUUAAGGUGCGAGGCGAACGUGUUCAGAGGGGUGCGGGUAGUGUUGUUUCUGUCGAAUUCGCUGUGCUUUACCACUGGCACGCCGCCCUAAGUGCCGCUGACGGGGAAUGGAUGGAGGAUAUUCUCAGAUCCAACCUCCCGGAGCUGAAGUCAAUUGACCAGAUGACACCUGAACUCUUCCAUAAAGUAAUGAAACAGGAAGGACACAAUCUAAUGUCAACGCCGCCGAGAGAAUGGACAUUCAAUGGCUUGAAGAGAGGUCCUGAUGGGAGGUUUAGCGAUGCAGAUCUAGGUAGGGUCAUCAAGGAUUGCAUUGAGGAGCCGGCUCAUGCAUUUGGCCCACACGGCACACCUGCAAGCUUAAAGAUUGUGGACAUAUUAGGCCAGCUCCAGGCCAGAGGCGUUUUCAACGUCUGUAGUCUGAAUGAGUUUCGAAAGUACCUGAACUUGAAGCCAUAUGAGACUUUCAUGCAAUGGUGUGAAGAUGAGGAAACUGCUCGAGCUGCCGAACUCUUAUAUGGCCAUAUCGAUAACAUGGAACUGUAUCCUGGAUUGCAGGCAGAGUGUACCAAGCAGCCCAUGCCCGGAAGUGGUGUGUGCCCGGGGCAGACAACCGGUCGUGGCAUCCUGGACGAUGCAGUGUCUCUGGUCAGGGGCGACCGAUUUCUCACCUACGAUUUCAAUAGCAGUACGCUUACCAACUGGGGAAUGUCCAAGCUGGCUGGCAGUGUUGCACCAGGUUCGUACGGCGGUGUCAUGCCGACUCUUCUUUUUCAUGCGCUUCCUGGCGAGUUUACCGGUACAUCAACCUAUGCCCUGCUGCCAUUCUACACACCUUCAGCUGUGCGAGGUAUCCUCGAGGGCAACGACGUGCUCCAGCAAUAUGAUCUCCAACGACCUGCAACCAAUGCUACUAAAAUUGUCGGCAUUCACACGCAAGAAGGGUGUAAGAAGGUAUUUGAGGACCGGGACAAUUUCCGUGUCAUGUACCAGGCUGCCAUUCGCAACUGUACUAAUGGUCAUGACUUCAUGAUUGGCUGGGACCAGCAAAGAAAGCAUGACGAGCGUUCGAACUUCCUCCACCGUGCCUUUUUCGAGGAAGGCUUCGAAGCCCAUGUCUCGAAAUACUUCCGGAAGACUGUACGAGAUCUUAUCGAAAAGAGCUCCCUGUCCUAUGUGGAUGGUCGAAAGACGAUCGAUAUAAUCAGAGAUGUCACAAAUGUGACCCCAAUCCUAUGGAUUGCGGAGCGUUUCGCCAUCCCCCUCAAGUCUGAACAGCACCCGCGCGGCCUGAUUACCCGGGCCGAGCUCUUCGACCUCUACCUUGUUCUUUUCAUAUAUCAAUCCUUCAACAUACUCCCGCACUCAGAGUGGAAGCUCCGCGAAGCUAGCAAGAAAGUUGCGCCUCUCCUGCGCGGCAUUCUACAUGGACACCUCUCUACCCAAACUGGCGGCUACAAGGAAGUCUUUGCUGACUUCGUCGAAAAGGGUACCGCUUAUGAAGUCGGCCCCGAUGCCGAUCGUCUCUAUAAAGAGCUUGCUAAGAGCGAUCUGCCUGCUGGUGAUCUUGUCGGCGACUGUAUCGGCAUGGCCGCUCCUGUAGCGGGCAAUCUUACUCAGCAGGCCUCCCUCCUCAUUGAUCUGUACCUCAGCCCGGGAUAUGAGAAGUACAAGGCACGAAUCGUCGAGCUUGCUCAUCGCGAGGACGCUGCCGCAGACAAGGAGCUGCUCGGCUUUGUGUACGAGGGCAUGCGCCACGCCGGUGUCGUGCCAGGCCUACCGCGUGUAGCGGCACAAGAUAUCACGAUCAAGGAUGGUCAGCGCGGCAAUAUUCGCAUCAAGGCAAACCAGACGGUCCUAGUUGCCACUUCGCGAGCAGCCAUGGAUCCCGUCGCUUACCCACAUCCCGAGGUUAUUGACCCUCACCGCCCCAUCUCCUCGUACAUACUAUUGGGCCAUGGUCUCCACUUCUGCUUCGGAGCCCGGCUGGUAGCACCUGCACUUGUCUCAACGCUGAAAGAAAUAUUCCGUCUUAAGAACCUGCGACGUGCACCAGGCAGACAGGGUCAGUUCAGCACGAUUUCUCAUCAGAUUGCAGGUGUGAAUAUGAGAUCGUACCUCGACGCGAAUUCGAAGGAGAGUCCCAUUCCAACAACAUUGACGCUUGUUUACGACGAGGAGGAGCCUUACAUAAAUGGCCACGCGAAUGGAAGCGCUUAG